GCCGCGAGAAAUUGAAACAUCCGCCCCGAACUCAUCGUUGCCAGCAGCUCUCUCUCCCAUCCUCUAUCUGUAACAGAGUCUUGUCUAGACAGACAAAGAAUCAAACAAACCCAAAUAGUGUUAAACUAAAGUUUUAAUCUUUACAAGAAUUAAUAAGAGAAUCUUUGUCUUGGUAUAAUCACCCCCCCCCCCCCUCAAAAAAAAAAAGAAACCGAAAAGAAAAAAAAGAAUAACACAGAGAGAGAGAGAGAGAAACUCUUGGUUAUGCAAGAAGAAGCACCUGGUUUUUGAUCCAAAAACCUCUCCACCUUCCUUUUCUCUCUCCCUCUUUCACAUUUCUACUCCAUUAAUAUUUGCAAAUCUUGGGUUUCUAUUACAUUUCCAAGAAGGAAAGAAAGAUUGGAUCUUUGUCGCUGUGACAUGUGUGGAUAGAUAAAAAGAAGGGAGUGUGUGUGUGUGUGUUUAGAGGUUGGUUAAUAUGAAUCCAAACUUGGGUUCUUCUUCUUCUACUGGUGCUUCUCCUGCUAGAGGAGAAGGACGAGGAGGCGGCGGGGGAAAUGGAGGGAUGGACAGGGGUUAUAAGCCGAAGAGGUUAUAUCAAGUUUGGAAAGGAAGCAAUAGAUUUUUCUGUGGCGGGAGAUUGAUCUUUGGUCCUGAUGUGGCAUCGAUUUUUCUAUCAAUGCUUCUUAUUGCUGCCCCUGCUAUUGGUUUUUGUAUAAAAGUCUAUAACAAGAUUUUGGACAAAGGUACCAAAAAUCCAGCUCGGUGGUAUCCUGUAUUUUUCGUGGGCUCGAUCCUUACUGUAUUAGAUUUAUUGUUUCUCUUCUUAACAUCUUCUCGGGAUCCUGGAAUAGUCCGUAGAAACACAAGGCCUCCUGAGUCAGAUGAAACAGGUGACGUAACCCCAUCAAUGGAAUGGGUCAAUGGGAGAACCCCCUAUUUGAGAUUACCUCGGACAAAAGAUGUGAUGGUAAAUGGCCACGCAGUUAAAGUUAAGUACUGUGACACCUGUUUGCUUUAUCGUCCUCCCCGUGCUUCUCAUUGUUCAAUUUGCAACAACUGUGUUCAGAGAUUUGAUCAUCACUGUCCAUGGGUUGGUCAGUGUAUUGGAAUACGUAACUAUCGGUUCUUCUUCAUGUUUAUAUCGACAGCAACCAUCUUGUGCUUAUAUGUUUUCGGGUUUAGUUGGAUCUUCAUUCUUGAAGGGAAGCCAAAUGUAUGGAAAGCUAUAUCACAUGAUGUACUCGCUGAUUUUCUCAUAGUCUACUGCUUCAUAGCUGUCUGGUUUGUUGGUGGCCUCACAGCUUUCCAUUCCUAUCUGAUUAGCACAAACCAGACUACGUAUGAGAAUUUCCGCUACAGGUAUGAUAAGAAGGAGAAUCCAUAUAAUAGGGGAGUAAUAAGAAAUAUUAGAGAAAUCUUUUUCUCCAAGAUUCCACCUUCAAUGAAUAAAUUUCGAUCAUUUGUGGAUGAAGAUGAAUUUAUGGCAGUCGGCUCUCUGACGCUAAAUCUUGGAGAUAAUUUGGUUAGCUCAAAGGAGAAAAUCGAUAUUGAAUUGGGAGCUAAGGUUGCAGGAGCUAGUAACUAUUCCCUUCCAGAAAUUUUGCGAAAUUUAGAUUACGAUGAUGAUUCUGAUGAUAAUUUAAAGAUGGAGGAAGAUGGAACGCCAGGCAUGGACCUAUUCUCUCACGAUGAACUAGAUUUGAAAGGAUCGGUGCAAACCUCUAUUGUUGGAGAUGGAUCAAUAGAAUCUGUACAAGGUCCAGAUGCCUUGGAUGGAGUGAGGGAAUCUGCUAGAAGUUCAAGAGAAUCAAUUCAAAUUUCCAUUGCUGAAGAUGGAGCUGGAGAACCUGCUCAAAGUUCCAUUGCUGAUAACGGAGUGGUAGAAUCUUUGCAAAGCUCCAUUGCUGAAGAUGGAGUAUUAAUCAAGAAAUCUAUCGUUGAAGAUGGGACAAACCUAGCCAAGGGAACUAAUGACAAUCACAAUUCUCAUCAAACCACAGCAUCAGAUCUUCAAGUAUAGAGGUUUUGCUGCAGAAUAUCUUUUGCUUAAAUAUUUUGAAUCAUAUACGAGGAUAGCUUGUUCCUGUGAUUGCACUAGUUGGUAGCUGCGGGGCUUCGAAGGGCUGUAAUUUCAAAGGUUGAAUGCUAGCUUAUCAAUGCUGCUUUUGCUGGAAAAAAGAACAGAAACUGAUAGUACACUUUCAUCUGUUCGUUAAAAAAAUGCCGACUUAAGUGUUGUUGCAAGUUGUAAAGGUGACAUUUUGUAAUAAUCCAGAUACCUACAGACGAGCGAGGUAUCUGUGAAGGUAAAAUUGUUAAAGAUCUUUUUUUUUUCUUGA